CGCCAUGCAAUGUUGACGUGUAUUUUGUUGCUAGUCUGAAAAACUCCUAUUUCGCAUCACACAGCUGUCACAGCCCGACAUCAUUUAACCAACACUUGGAACAUUUGACCGACAUUGUGUUAUCUUUAAGCGGUUGGUGAGUUCGAAACAGUUUGUAACGAUGUCCGGAGAAAUCUCUAUGAUUGGUUCGGUUAUCCUGGCCCUCUUUCUGGCAGGAUACCUGGGUCAGCAGUACUUGCCGCCCCCCAAGCCCAGAGUGAUCGGCCUGGAUCUGGGCACCACCUUCUGCUCGGUCGGCGUAUUCCAUCCUGGCAGCGGGGAGGUGGAGGUGAUCGCGGAUGAAGAGGGAAGGAAGAGCAUCCCCAGCUCCGUCUCCUUCACCACCACUGCGGUGCUGUCCGGACAUGAAGCCGUGGAGCUGGCCGACAACAACCCUCAAAACACCAUCUACGAUGCUAAGAGGUUCAUAGGGAAGAUAUUUGAGCCGGAAGUUCUGGAGCAGGAGAGCGCGCGGUACCCGUUCAAGGUGAUAAACAAUAACGGAAGUGCAGAGUUUGUGAUCUCCACCAACCACACCUUCACUGUGAGUCCAGAGUUCAUCGGCUCCAGGCUGCUGCUGAAGAUGAAGAAGAUGGCCGAACGACAGCUGGACGUCCCCAUCCUGAGGGCCGUCAUCUCGGUGCCCGCGGAGUUUGACGAGAGACAGAGGAACUACACCGUGAGGGCCGCUAACCUCGCUGGCCUGGAGGUGCUGCGCGUGAUCAAUGAGCCCACAGCGGCGGCCAUGGCGUACGGCCUGCACAAGGUGGAUGUGUUCAACGUGCUGGUGGUGGACCUGGGGGGGGGGACCCUGGACGUUUCUCUGCUCAACAAACAGGGAGGCAUGUUCCUCACCAGAGCCAUGGCAGGGAACAACAAGCUGGGAGGUCAGGACUUCAGCCAGAGGUUGCUGCAGUACGCCAUGGAGCGAGCCCAGCAGGAGUUUGGCGUCCCUCCCACUCUGAAAGAGGACAUCCACCGCCUCCGUCAGGCCGUGGAAGCCGCCAAGCUCAACCUCACCCUCAACCCCAGCGCCUCCAUCCGCGUCCCCCUGCACCUGCACACCCCCGACAGCUCAGAGUCCCCCGGAGGCUCCGCUCCUCCUCCGGUUCUCUUCCAGACCGCGAUCACACGGGAGCUGUUCGAGGAGCUCAACGAGGACCUCUUCCAGAAGAUCCUGGUCCCCGUGGAGACCGUGUUGGCCGAGGGCCGUCUGGACAAACAGGAAGUGGACGAGAUCGUUCUGGUGGGCGGCUCCACCCGGAUCCCGCGGAUCAGGAGGCUGAUCAGCGAGUUCUUCGGGAAGGAGCCCAACACGUCGGUAGACCCCGACCUGGCCGUGGUGAUAGGGGUCGCCAUCCAGGCCGGCAUCAUGGGGGGGUCCUGGCCCCUGCAAGUGAGCGCCAUCGAAAUCCCCAACAGACACCUGCGCAAGACCAACUUCAGCUGAUCGGUUAUUUAAGUGAACGAUCAAAGGGAUGCCUCAAAGACUUCAUAGCUGUGUCACGCUUUAAUUAUGUGCGUCAUUUAAAACCUGCUGAAGUAUGAGGAACUGCCAACAAAACACUCGUGAUUCUUGUUUGGGUAAGUGGCGCAUUUCACAACAUAACAGUCCUGUUUUGUAAAGGGACAGAUUCUUUUAUUUUGCACAAAGCUUCCGCAGAAAGAAAAUAAUGACUGAAAAUGUGAAGGAGACACUUCUCUGCGUCAAUGAUGCUUCUUCAUGGUAGAUACUCUCAUGGUGUUCAAUUCAGGGAACAACCAUUUCAAGGACUUACAACCUAGCCAGUAAAUCUUCUGCUAUUUAUGUAUUUAUUUAUUCAUAAACGGUGUGUGAGUGUCAGAGGUGGAAACAAUGUGUUCCUGUUCAGAAAGCUGCUAUACUGUUUGAAGUGGAGCGUGGAGGUGUAACAGUUUAAAGAUGUAUAAUUCAUUUCAAACAGAUUCACAGCAUUGCCUACAGACGAAUCCCCUCCAUAAUGAGUAGGUGUGGUUGACUCAGCUAAUAGGUAAUGAUGUGUGUUGAGAGAGAGCCUAACUAUUCAAACAGUACUGUAACAUCUCACAUCACUGGCACCACCUCUCGCUCAUGCUCAGUGCUGCACCUCCACUUGUUGACCUACUGUUUUUGUGCAAUAGUGAGCCAUUUGUGUAGCAGGGACUUGUGUGUGUGCUGCAUGUGAGAAGUAGAAACAGCAGCCUGCUUUUUCUGCUUUAGGUAGAGCAAGGUGACUAUAGACCUGCAGGAGGACCAACGCUUUGUGGAUUUGGAUGUUAAGUCACAUUUUGGAUGUUUGAUGGACCUGAUGAAUGGGUUUGGUUGUUACGCCGCCUUCAAUUUUGACAGAAUUGUAUUGAAUAAUUUACUUUGAAGAAAAUUAUCUUGCUCUUUUUGUGGUGGAUUUUAGGCUGGUUACUGAAAAUCCAGUGUGGUCCAAUACAACCAUUUCCAACCAAGAACUCAAGUUACCUUCAUUCCUUUAAAAAAGUAUUAAGACUACAUGUUGCCCAAUUUCAUUCAUGAAUCAGUUUAUUUAUUAUAUUGACUUUUUUUUCUCAUGUUGAAACUAAGAUCUUGAUAUAAUGGAGCCUUUAACUAAAGAAGCAGAUUGCCUUUGAUACCGUACAUCAUUAUUAGUCCCUUUUUGAAAGAGGGAGAAAUGAUGUGACUAAGAUCUAUUUUUAUAUGUCGUGUCACACUCACUGAAGUCCAGCCACCUCAACAUUGAUGAAGAAGUUUGAACUGUUACAAGCCGCAAUUAAAAUGAUUUCCCUUCGCUAAC